AUGAGAAUAGUAAAAGUUGGAAUAAUAAUAAACGAUACUCGCGAUCUGGCAUUAAAAUUCGAGAGAUCUUCUUGUUUCAAGUUUAAAUUAUCCUUCCAAAACUUCAAACAUCUCAGAACACAAAACGUUGCGAUAUUCCACGCAGACUUAUUUGAAUUUUCGUGGAGAAAAGCGUAACGUUGCCAUAUCCUGUCCCAGUCUUCAAGUCCGCGUAGAUCAGUUCUCCAGAGAAUCCCCUCGUUUUCGAACUUCAAACCGCUCUUCCAAGAGGUCGUCUCUUUUUCUAGAACCAGUCGAUUUCGCAAAGCCAAAGUUCUCGACGAUCGAUAAGAGCCGAACGGUCGAGAUUUCGCAAGCUCAAGGCGGUACAUUGCAGUGUCCUACUCAGGCGUAUCCUGUCCCAGUCUUCAAAUCAUUUCCUUACCAGAUGAUUUUCGCAAAGUUAAAGUUCUCGAAAAGUAUCGGUAAAAAUCGAACUUUCGAGAUUCCAGAAGAAUUUCAGAGGAUAAUGUUGCAGUGUGCUUCUUCGAUUAAGUCCAGAAAAGAAGGCGCGCAAGGAUCUAGAGAUCGGUUCGUGAUCCGUGAAACGAUAUUCUCAAUCGAGAAGCAAACAACUUGGAACAAUAAAAUCUCACGAAUAAGACCGAAGAGUUCUCGCUUCGAAUUAAAAUCAUUCUUUCAAAAGGUCUCUCUUUCCAGAAUCAUUCAAUCCGCGAUCUCACGAAUAAAGUCGAAGAUUUCUUCUCGAGACUUCGAACGACUGUUCCAAGAGGUGGUCCCGUUUUUUUUUAGAACCAGUCGGUUUCGCGAAGCCAAAAUUCUCGACGAUCGACAAGAGCCGGGCGUUCGAGGUUCCAGAAGUUCAAGGGACUACGUUGCAAUGUCCCGCACAGGCGUAUCCUGUCCCGGUGUUCAAGUAAGUCCACCGCCACAAGACGCAAAAAAGUUCGGUUCGGUUCGUGUUCGAUUCGCAGAACCAUUGUCAAGCUCGAAACCUAAAUUGACCGCGCUGGACGUGAAAUCGACGAACCCUAGCGCGAUGCUAGCUACCGUUACCACCUUGUUGUGCCCUGUUCAAGGAUUCCCAGUGCCAGCAUUCAGUGGUGAUUCGUUUCUUCUGGUAUUUAGAACCAGUGGGCAGCUCGAAGCCGAAAUUCCCAAUGACGGAGAAUUCGCGCACCUAUACCACGUAUACGGUCCAACGGGAGCGAGCCUUGACUUUACCGUGUCCGGCCCAGGCGUUCCCCGUUCCGGUUUUCAGGUACGCGAAGAAUCGUAG